GUUUACUCGUUCAUUUUCUUUCUCACUUCUCGUUUUCUUUAUGAAGAUAAAAGUAGUCAUAUUCGAGGUAUUCUGCAAAAUUUUCAGAAAUUACUUUAAAAUAUUCCAUUAAGGCUGAGAAAUGUACGAGUGUUUAAAGAAAUUUGGAACUAUUUCGUAGUAGGAGUGCCGAAUCAGAAAAAAAAUACCAUAAUUUAUGAUACAAUUUCCUACAUAUUGUAGUGGAGUACAUUUGGUUUUAUAAACCUUUGUUUUGGUGUAUUUCUGAGAAAAGACGAUGAUGAUGACUGAUACACUGAAAUCAAAUAACCAUAUUAUGGGAUUAUCUACCAAAUUGGACCUGGACAACAAAAUGGAUGACCUGGGAUGGAAAUCAAAGUUGAAAAUCCCACCAAAAGACAAAAGGUUUCAAACAAGUGAUGUAACGGAUACCAGAGGAAAUGAAUUCGAAGAAUUUUGUUUGAAACGAGAAUUGCUGAUGGGAAUUUUUGAGAAAGGUUGGGAAAAACCUUCUCCAAUACAAGAGGCUUCGAUCCCAAUAGCGUUAUCCGGAAAGGAUGUACUAGCCAGAGCCAAAAAUGGAACAGGCAAAACUGGUGCUUAUUGCAUCCCUGUACUGGAACAAAUUGACCCUAAAAAAGACUGCAUACAGGCACUAAUAAUAGUGCCAACAAGAGAAUUAGCACUACAGACAUCUCAAAUUUGCAUCGAACUGGCGAAAUACCUAGAAGUGAGAGUGAUGGUGACAACAGGUGGAACGAAUUUGAGGGACGAUAUUAUGCGCAUCUAUCAAAAAGUGCAGGUUAUAAUAGCUACGCCGGGACGUAUCCUGGACCUGAUGGAAAAGCGAGUCGCCGUCAUGGACCAGUGCAAGAUUCUAGUACUAGAUGAAGCCGACAAGCUUCUGUCUCAAGAUUUCAAAGGAAUGCUAGAUGUCGUGAUCAAGAAUCUUCCACACGAAAGACAGAUCCUGUUGUUUUCCGCUACUUUCCCUUUGACAGUGGAGCAGUUCAUGAGGAAGCACUUACGCGAUCCCUAUGAAAUAAAUUUGAUGGAUGAACUCACUCUGAUAGGUGUUACACAGUAUUAUGCUUUCGUACAAGAGAGACAGAAAGUUCAUUGUUUGAAUACUCUAUUUUCAAAGCUACAAAUCAACCAAAGUAUUAUUUUCUGUAAUUCUACGCAAAGAGUAGAACUGCUGGCUAAAAAAAUCACAGAACUUGGAUAUUCCUGUUACUAUAUUCAUGCAAAAAUGGCACAAGCUCAUCGAAACAGGGUAUUCCACGAUUUCAGAUCUGGUUUGUGCAGGAAUCUAGUCUGCUCGGAUUUAUUCACGAGAGGUAUCGAUGUGCAAGCUGUAAACGUUGUGAUAAACUUUGACUUCCCAAAAAUGGCGGAGACUUACCUCCACCGCAUUGGCAGGUCCGGUCGGUUCGGACAUUUGGGUAUUGCCAUCAAUUUGAUCACGUAUGAUGAUAGAUUCUCGUUACAUCGCAUCGAACAAGAGCUUGGAACCGAGAUCAAGCCCAUCCCGAAAGUAAUCGAUCCCAAACUGUACGUCGCGAAAAUGCUGGAAGAAGAAGAAAUUGAAUCUUCCAAGUAACAUGUGAAGAAGUGAUACUACGGACUUGUGUAAAUAGUUAUAUAUCAACCGGACUCAACGUACUUUUAUUUACUUUUUGAAAGAAGAUAUUUUUCGUUUAGAUUUUCGUAUACAAUUUGGGAUAAAUCGUGAAUUUUGAUUACUCAAUCGAGAAUGGGCACGAAUAAAGCCGUCUUUGUUCCAUCCAUUUGCAGCAAUGAUGUGACUGGAAGUCUUUAUCGGAUCGAAGGGCAGUUGAAUGUUUGGCGUUUGAUUUUCAUUUCUCCAAUACCCGUCUGUGAUAAAAUAAUUGACGUAACUUCCUAAUAAACGCUAUCAGAGGGUUACGUAAAAACCGAGGCUAAUGAUUUAGAAAAUGUUCAUUAGAGGAAUAUUCAGCUGGUCCUUUUUGAAUUUUGCAUUGUUUGUUACCCGUGCAGAUUCAAACUAUCCGUCGAGGUUUUCCAGAAGAUCUUUUGCACAUCAGUUCCGUUUGUGUCUCUGAGCGAAAUUAACACUCGUCUCCGUUUGCUCAGCGACAACAAUCGGAAUUUUCGCGGUGUCGACAGGUUCGCCGUUUGAUGUCGAAUUUGUGAUAAACGGACCGUCCCCGUAACUAAACGCGAGGAGGUAGAGGACUCCCAAAAGUGGCGUAACGCAAGUGACUUAUGGUUAUCGGGAAACGUGUGAAGUGUUCGCUCAAAAUAAAUUAUUCAAGGAGAUAUUUGGUGCUGAUCGUUGUGCGAUCUUCCGGCCGUCGGCGCCUCGUUCAAAUUUAGAAAGAUCGGAUAUUGAAUAUGCCAACAAUAUCAUAUUUUCAAAAUUUCCUGAAAUGCAUAUUCAGUAUUUUGCUUGUUUCAUUUUGGGGAUGUUGAAAAUUAGAAUUUCUUCCAGGAGAAGAGUUUAACAAGCGUACUUUUUUUUAAGAAAAAAAUCUUAUCCAAUUUUCAUUUGAAGGGGUUGGGAGGGGAGGGGAAAAUUAUUUAUAUCAUCAGAUUAUAUUGUUGUGUGUUUGCCGAGAUAUAUUUUUCAUUGGUCAUUAUUUAUUUUUAUAGGGUAACAAGUUUUGGCAUGUACACAACAAAUUUAUUUUGUUAAUAAAAAAUGAGAAAAAAAAUGUAGAGGGUUGUUUUGACUUUUUUUCACAAUACAAUUGUAGAAGAAAGAACCAAAUGUUAGAUUUAGUGCAUGAAUCGAUGUCAUACUUGCUGGGAAAAUUAAAAAUUUUGUAAUUUGUGAUAUAAAAUAAGCUAAGAAAAAAAAUUAAAUUUGCUCUCUACACCAAA